AUGCUCCUCUUCACCGCUGCUCUCCUCGUGGCUCCUGCUCUCGCCCUCCCACUGGAGAGUGCCUUUGCUCAUGGGCGGUACAUUGCCAGCUUGAACCUUGUAACGCGACAGCAUGAGACCCGACAGCAGUUGACCGCGUCAAUAUGGGGUACCUGUGGAGCGGAAUGCUCGGGCAUCAGCGAUACGCUACGGAACGACUGCGGCGUCGAACUCCAGCAGCGAUUCAGGCGCGACGUCGCGGUGUGCGAGGCGGCUUGUAAAACCGAUUACAAGGGCAAGCUGAGUCAAUGCGACGCAUGCCUCAAAGGGUUGACAAACGAGACCGACUCUACGCUGGCAGGACAGAGAGAAGUGGCGACAUGGGAAUCCUUCAUGGCCAGCUUUUGCCCCACCAGCACCACGCCACCUGAAACGACCAACCCCGAGCCUCUAUGCUCCCAAUGCACUGCUCUCUACCCGCGUGUGAUGACUGCGUGUAACACGAGCAACCCUGACACAUGCCGAGGGUUAUGUGGCGACCUGGACGCGAUCAACUCCUGCGUCGAGUGCUACGGCGAUGGGUAUGACGAGUACAAGAGCUACGCCCGUGACGCCCAGUGGUACUGCACUACCGACGGCGGUAAGGGAUGCUCGCGCAUGAUGGACGAUGUGGGCAAAUUGUGCGGAGACGACCAAACUCACUGCAACGACAUCUGUACCGGCGAUAAUUGGGCCGACAUCAAGCAGUGUGAGGAUGCUGUCCCGAACUCCGGUCUUACGGGGAGCCAGGGGCCGACGAUUCUAGAUGGAAUCGGCUCCUUCAACACAUUCUGUGCCAAGGUGCCACCCGAGGUGAUCAAGACGGGGUGUGCCAAGGAGUGUGAUGCGAUCCGUGGGACGUACGGCGACCUGUGUCGGGACAAGCAGGCGACCAAGUGUCAGGGAAUGUGUAGUCCCGACAACCUCGGCUCGUUCGAGGCGUGCAACUCGUGCUCCCAGGGCGGGAACAGCACGUACACCGACGACACCAAGUCGAGCAUCAGUGCCAGCUUGACCACGCUCACCGCGUGGUGCAUCAAGGUGGAGACCAAUCCCAUCGACAACCCAGAGGUGAUCAACACGAUUCCGGACCCGACGCCAGUUGAGACAGUCGAGAUCGUGCCGGUUGACCCCAAGGAUACAAAGGAUCCAGGCACGCUCAAGAACCCCUUCACUAAGAGUGACUCGUCCAACUCGAGCACUGAGUCAAAGGGCAUUCCGACGUGGGGCAUCGGCGUUGCGGCCGGCGGAGGCGCGCUGCUCCUAGCUGGCGUUGUUGGCUCCAUUAUCGCGUGUAACUAUCAGUGCGACCACGACCAUCGUCGUCUCCGCCGCCGCCGCCGGAAGAACAAGAAGAAGGACGACGACGAGAAACCCCAGCAGCAGCAACCGCCGCCCCAGCAGGAGCCCCAGAUCGUCGGGUACAUGGUGCCGAGCGAGCGGCCGCCGAGUCAAGGUUACUUUGCCGGUCCCGCCAGUCCGCCAAUGGGCACCCCACUCUCCCCGCCUGUCAGCAUGGCGCACACCCCCAUCGGACCCGGUCCCAUUAGCCCGCCUCAGAGCCCGCCGCCGAUGAGCCCUCCCGGCUCCCCGCCGCCGAUGGGAUACGCUUAUCCACAGCAGCAGUUCGGCCAGCAGCAGUACGGUCAGCAACAGUACGGUCAGCACUACCCGCCGUACCCGCCGCACCAGGGCGGCCAGCAGUACUAG